AUGAAACUACUUCCUGAUGUAAAGUCAUUAAAUAAAGCUGUGCGUGAUAGCAAUGAUGCGCUCAACACUAAAAUUGACAAAAUUGAUGAAUCGAACAAUUUGUUGAGGAGCAAACUUGAAGCUAUCAAAAGUUUAAUUCAGAGAAAUGUUGAUGGGGCGGAAAGAUUCGAUGGCACAGUUUUGAGUACUGAGCUGGCUAACCUUAAAAACGAUUUGAACAAGAGUUUUGCUGAUGCUGUCCGAUGCGAAGUGAAGAAAAAUAUUGAACUAGUUAAUGAUGAGGUAAAAAGUGUUCAAAAAACUUUAACCAAUGCAAAUGACAUGAAAGAAAGAGAGAAUAACAUAAUGAUGUUCAAUUUGCAAGAAACUGAUGAUGAUAAAGAUAGAGUCAAAGGAAUUAUUAAAAAGUUAUCCAGUGAAGUCAAGGAUCAGGAUAUUAAAAGAAUUGUUAGACUGGGUCCAAAAGCUGAAACUAAAAUUAGACCGGUGCUGAUUGAAAUGAGGAGUUGUGCAAUUAAAGAUUUAGUGUUAAAAAAUUCCUUUAAAUUAAAAACUAUGCAUGAAGAUCUUGAUAAAGUAUGGAUCAGUCAUGAUUUAACAGUUGAUCAGCGUGCCGAGUUAAAAAAACUAAUUGAUGAAGCCAAAUCAAGAAAAAUCUCGUGCCCGGGUAAGAGUAACACAGUCUGCCUGUGCGGUUUGAUGUUUUGA